AUGUUAUGGGAAUCCGCGGCGCUUGCAAGGCAGAGGCUUAUGGAGCAAUCAGCUCGUUUACAUGAUCCUUGUGCGGCCCCCGAUGGUGUCUAUGUAGCACCCGACGAAGAAGACUUCUUGCGAUGGACUGGCGUAAUUUUUGUCCGAUCAGGCGAAUAUGCACCCGGGGUAUUUCGUUUCAGCAUCCAAUUUUCUAUCUCAAAUGGUCACCUUUCUUUACCAGCAGUCUAUUUUCCACCCAUUCUUCUUCAUCCCAUUAUUGAACCUAUUAGUGGUCGCCUAAAUUUGUUGCCUUAUCUAGCUAUGGCGCAAAAGUACCACAGGCCUAUCGACCCUGAUGAUCCGACAUUUUUUUCGAGCUUAUUGGCAUUCAUUAGCGAAUGUUUUACACCAUUUGUGCUAUCUAAUCUAUGUGAUCAAUGGAUCUUGAAUGAACGCUUAUAUUUGUACGUCUUUUGGAAACUAACAACUGUCUCCAAAAUUCCGAUCCGGCAUUAUUUCGAUCUCUUGCGGCGCAAUCGGCCAAUUUGUCCACUUCAUCUAUGUCCCUUUACGAUGCACUCUCGGGCUGUGGUUUACCUGGCGACAUAG